AUGGAUUCAGAUCCUGGGGUUACCUACUUUACGGCCACGCUUGAUGUGGCUGCUGCUAUCAACCGCUCAAGCAAAGCUCGGCAAUGGGGGACAAUCAGUGAGUUCCUUGACUUCCAAGCUAGAGAGGUACCGGAUUUGCCAGCAUUUGCGUUCCCAGAUCCAAAUGGUCCGGAUGAAAAGUUCUGGAGACCAAGAAUAUUCACUUUCUCCACUUUAAGAGACGGCUCCUCGACUGCAGCUCGCUUCCUCGCAGAUGAUAUUAAGGAGUUGGCAAAUGGGAAACAGGAUUCGGCUUGCGUUGCAUUGUUAUGCCAGAGCUCGGUGAACUUCUUGUUUAUGUGGUUAGGUUUAAUUCGCCUUGGAUACUCUGUGUUGUUGAUAGCGCCACAAUGCCAACCCCCGGCUAUCGCACAUCUCUGUCGAGAGUGCAAAGCAACAGUUCUGUUUUAUGAUAAAUCAUACAAGGAAUCUGCAAUUGCCUCAUCCGAGGAACCUUCGGCAAUCCACACGGCAAGAGAACUUACUUGGGCUAAGCCAGACUUGUUGGACUCUAUUGCUGGUGGUCUGUAUUCAAACGAGUCAACACCUCAACAACAAAAAGAAAAUACCAAAGUUGACGUCGCAUAUAUUCAUCAUACAUCAGGAACUUCUUCCGGUCUUCCAAAACCAAUUCCUCAAACUCAUCGAGCAGCAAUAGGAGUUCUUCCGUCACUUGAUGGUCAUAAAGAGGCAGCAUUUACCACAACACCUCUCUAUCAUGGAGGUGUUGCGGACUGUUUCAGAGCAUGGACAAGUAAUGCCAUGAUAUGGCUGUUCCCAGCUGCCGAACUGCCUAUAACCAGUGUCAAUAUUCAGAAAUGUCUUUCACACGCAGCGAUUUGCAGGGAAUCUAGUCAAUGGGUGCCAGAAAUCAAGUACUUCUCUAGCGUACCAUAUGUCUUGCAGAUGCUCGAUAGUGAAGAGGCUCUCUCGUGGUUGCGGAAAAUGGAUAUCGUGGGUGUGGGAGGUGCAGCACUUCCGCCGACAACUGGCGACAUGUUGGUCAUGGAAGGUGUGAGUCUGAUUUCACGCUUUGGAAGUGCAGAGUGUGGAUUUACCCUUUCAUCGCAUCGAAACUAUGACACCGAUAAAGAAUGGCAGUUUCUCCGCAGUCCAAAUAAUUCAAGUUUACUGAAAUUUGAGAAGCAAGACGACUCGGACCUCGCUGAAUUGGUGAUUCAGGACGGUUGGCCACAUAUGGCAAAACGAAAUCGUGAAGAUGGAAGUUUUGCAACGAGUGACCUGUUUGAACGCCAUAAAAGUAUCGAAAAUGCUUGGAGAUACCAUUCUCGGAGUGACAGCCAGAUCACGUUAAUCACGGGGAAGAAGUUCGAUCCAGCACCUCUGGAAGACACGCUUCGAGAUUCUUCCCCACUUAUUCAAGAUGUGCUAAUCUUCGGCAAUGAGAAGCAGUUUCCUGGUGUUCUCGUGUUUCCAUCCGAGAAAAAGCUAGCUGAUGAUCCGGACAACUUCACAAAUACCGUAUGGGAGCUCUUAGAGCCUAUGAACAAAGAAGGGCAAGAACACACCAAGAUAUCCAAGGAUAUGAUUGUAGUGAUGGAUCCUGCUGAUCCUCCGCUUCAGAAGAGUAGUAAGGGGACGAUUAUGCGUGGAGUUGUGGAGAAGAGAUUCUGGGGACAUAUUGGAAAAGCAUACAGUGGCAAGCCCGAGAGCUCUUCAGAUACAAGCUUAAUUCCAGAAGAAGAUGUCGAAGCUGAAGUUCAGAGCAUAGUUGAUGGUAUUCUAGCUCGGAAAGAGAGAAUUUCAGCAGAUUCAGAUUUCUAUCUUUCAGGUAUAGAUUCUGUAAAAGCCACCCAGAUUAGAGGCUUGAUCCAAGGAAAUCGAAAAUUGGUAUCGAGCGGCGUGAGAUUGCCUUUGAACAUCGUUUAUGAUUGUGGAAAUGUUCGAAAGCUCUCCCAGUACAUUGUAAAUGUACGGAAGGGCGAGAUAUCGAGUACUCCGGUGGAUGACAAGGAGAUGGUUGAACUGGCGGAACGAUUCUCCAAGCUCGAUAACAACCAUUCUGCUGAACUUAAGUGGGAAACGGUCGACACCAAAAGCUUUAUCAUUACGGGUACAACAGGCGCUCUUGGCGCUGAGAUUCUUGGUGAGUUGAUGAAGGACGAAUCAAUCGACACAAUCAUUUGCCCAGUUCGUGCUUCUACUGAAGAGGAGGCAAAGCGCAGACUCGCGGAUACUCUUCUCACCAGAAGCUUGAAGCUACCCGAAACAGAAAACUUAUGGGGGAAGAUUAUCUGCACUCCUAUUGAGAUGCUGAGCAACUCCCGCCAUCUCAAAGCUAUUGAAAAGCAUUCCUCGAUAACUAUCAUCCAUGCUGCAUGGCCGGUCAACUUUUCCAUCCCUCUUUCAAGUUUUCAAUCUCAAUUCGAGACACUCGAGUCCUUGAUUAGCAUGGCAGCGUCCUUUCUGAAUUCAGCAAAGUUUAUAUUCUGCUCUUCGACAGCAAGCGUCAUGCAAUAUAAGCUCGCUGGCGAGAACGCAAAUGAAGGCAUUCCAGAAACAAUAUCUGAAGACCCUUCCGACGCAAACACUCUAGGCUACAGCCGCAGCAAAUGGGUUGCGGAACGUAUCUGUAAUCUCAGCGCCUCGCAACCAUCACUGCAAGGCAAGAUCAAAAUUGCCAGAAUCGGCCAGCUGACAGGCAAUAGACGCAAUGGCAUCUGGAAUAUGAAAGAAGCAUGGCCAUUAAUGAUAAGCACCGGCCAUGAACUUGGAUGCUUGCCAGAUCUCAAUGAAGUGUUGGCGUGGAUGCCACUUGAUUCCGCUGCUCACGCUAUCAUCGAUAUUGCCAAUUCAGAGAAUCCUUCUAAAGAUGCGCCAUGUGAAGUCUUCCAUGUGGUCAACAAUUCGGCGAAAACUAGCUGGACAGAUUUACUGUCUUGGUUGAAAGAGGUUAAGGAUUUUGAAAUUGUACCAGCUGGAGUUUGGCUGGAUAAGCUCGAGGCGCUGGAGAGUCAUCCUGCGAAGCAAUUGCUGGGGCUUUGGAGAGUUGCUUAUGGGGAGGGAAAGAAUUCAAAACAGAUUUUGUUUUCGACUAAGGAGGUUGAGAAGGUUUCGGAGGUUAUGAGGAAGGAGAAUCCGGUUGACAGGAGGUUGGUGCUGAAUAUCUGGAAGUGGAUGGAGGAUGAACGUGAGGGGAAAAUGAAAGGUGGUAAGGCCUGA